CGUGACCUUCGCUGACUGCAUUGCACAGCUCGUUUCCCCAUUCAUAACUCCACGAACAAAAACAACACGCUGUGGGCCGUCGUCUCGCCACACAUAUCACUAUCUCUGUCCAGCAAAGGGCCUUGCCUGCCAACGUUGCUCCUGGUUCAUUCAUAACGGGAAAGCAUCAGGACCAGCCAGGACAGAUAGGGGAGUUUGUUUUUCCAUUUCACCGCUGGCUGUCACUUUUUCACUCCGCGACGUCUGUGUGUGCAUUUCAGCGCGUCGCAACCAGCCUCCUUGCACUCUUCCUCAUCAGUGGGGAAGAUUACUACCGUCCCCCUGCAACCACACACGAGGAAACAAAGAAACGCAAUUUUUCUGAUCGCUGCCCUACAUCUAAAUUUUCAUCGUCGCAGUUUUUAGUAUCAAUUUUCCACAAGUACAAAAUUGUAGCUAAAAUAUUGGAGUUUUUAAGUAUCGAAUAGGAAAACUUAUGUGCUAGUUAAAGAUUUUCCAGCAAAAGUACCUUUACGAAGGAUAGUUUCAGAUUUUCAUACGAGACGCGUGUUUUGUUAGGGAAGUAGCAGCAGAAACAACGUCAUGGAGGUUAGCAACGAGAAUCAAAAGAACGGGGACAAGAUGCCUGCCAAAGCGGCUGAGGAUCGGCAGCCGGCCGCCGAACGAACGGACGUGUCCGCGACGACCGAGGCUCCGGAAAAGGAUGAGAAACUGGUGGCCAAUCUGCGUCAGCAGAUUCCGGACAUCGACAACAUCUUCAACAUCCACCGAAAGAUCGGUCACGGCACGUUCAGCUCGGUAUUUCUCGGUACCCUGAAAUGCCACGAGCGACUACCGGCGGAGAAGCGCAAGCUGUUUGCCAUCAAGCACCUGGUCCCCACUAGUCAUCCGAGUCGUAUCGAACGGGAACUGAGAUGCAUGAUGCUGAUUGGCGGUGCUAGCAAUGUGGUGGGAGUUGAUCUGUGUCUUCGCCGGCAGGAAUCGGUGGCAUUCGUGAUGCCGUUCAUUGCCCACGAUCAGUUCCACGUGUACUACGACAAAAUGACCCCGACCGAAACUCAGCUGUACAUGAAGAAUCUGCUGAUCGCAUUGAAACGGGUUCAUGAGUUCAACGUAAUCCAUCGGGAUGUAAAACCGAGCAACUUCCUGUACAACCGUAAGAAGCAAACGUUCCUGUUGGUCGAUUUUGGAUUGGCUCAGGACAUUAGCAGUCGGGUCAUCAAGGAAGCAGCAACUGAAGCAGAGGACAAGACUGGAAAAAGACGGCUUUCCGGCAGUGUGGCUGAUGGUAAUCAUCCAAGCUCGGAUGCCGCAAUGCAGGUUCAGAAAAAGGCGAAACUACAUGAUGAUAACAUGGAAAAUAGUACAACCCUCGCAAGUGGCGAGGAACAAGAACAGCUACCCCCACCGGUGUUCAAAACGCCAUUGAAACAAUCGAACCAAAUCAUCUCACCGAUGAAACUCUCGAAUAUAACGAAAGAUCUGUACAGCCCGCCGCUAGUUCGGCAAAUCAAAUCCACAGUGCUAGGGAUUAGCAGCAACUUGAAGGCAGCGCAACGCCUACAACAAGGAAAGAGUAGCAACACGACGGCCUUGUCACCAAUUCCACCGAAAACGGUCACCGGUGGCACAAGAACCCACCAAUACAACACCCCUUCAUCGGCCAGUCCUGCGGCCAAGCAGGACGCUGUGUGCAAGUGCUUUGGCAAGAGCCAAGUAUGCAACAUUUGCAUGGUGAAGAAAGAGAUACAGGCAUCACGUGCUGGUACACCGGGAUAUCGUCCACCGGAGGUUCUUUUGAAGUAUCCGGAUCAAACCACCGCUGUAGAUGUUUGGGCUGCGGGUGUGAUGCUCGCUAGUAUCCUCUCGAGGUGCUAUCCGUUCUUCCAGAAUUCGGACGAUUUUCACUCUCUGGCCGAAAUUGUCAGUAUUUUCGGCGACCAACGCAUCAAAAAGACUGCAAACAUUUUAGGCCGUCACGUCAAGACGGCCCAACGAAAGCAACCUUUGGAUCUCCGUAAGCUCUGCUUACGCCUACGGUUCCGUUUUCGGCGUCUGCGUGCCCGGCAACAACAACAACCGGAGGAGGAAUCUGCGGCCACAUUUGCCAACAGUUGCGACAACUGCCAGCAACGUUUGGACGAGUGUCUUUGCGAGCAUUCCGAAGCCAACAGGGACUUUUCGGAAGACGAAUAUUCCGACAGUGCCUACGAUCUACUCUACAAACUGUUGGAGAUCAAUCCGCAUAACCGCAUCUCCGCCGAGGAAGCUCUGAAGCACCCAUAUUUCCAGCAGUCCCUCUAGAAUGGUUGUCGCUAGAGCGAAAAAGUAUUAUACAUAUUAUAUAGAAGCGAUCUCCCAAUCGAAAACAAAAAAAUGCCAACAUUCUUUGCGAAUUCUAUCUAAUUUAGAAGAAACAGCCUGUAGGUCAAAUUAGCAAAACAAAGCAUGUUUCUUGUAGAGAUCUUAGGAAAAUUCCCUCGUUCUUGUGGAACGAGUCAAAAUUCAAUGUGGAUGUGAAAUUUGUUUAAUUUAUUUUAAUUGAUUCUAAACUAUUUAUUGAAAAAUAACCUGAAUGUGUACUCUUUUGAAGAAAAACAAAAAAUAAAAAGCGUCGAUUUUUAUUAAUCGAACCCUAAGGACUGAACAUUGAUGAACAACACUUAGUCUAGGAGGAAACUAGCUUCUAAGGACAACAAAAUCACAAGAGGCAAUAAAUGUAACAAAUAGAUAACA